AUGAAUCAUAAUCAUAACACGACCUUCAAAAAGCUGCAACAACAACAACAUGAUCCCAGUGCCAUGAAUAGAACUUUUACUCCUUCAACCUCUCCUCCUCAUCAUGCCUCGAAUUUGACCUCCUUUACCAAUGCGAAUGGCGAAAUGAUGAAAAAGGUUUGGCGGAGUUGUGGCAAGAAGGCUCUCAUGAAAUUCAAGCUUAUUGAGUUGAAAGAAGAGCUUCGAAAGAAGGGAUGUACAUUGCAUGGAAACAAGGCUGAAAUUGUUGAACGACUUCAUGAAAAGUAUAUGAGUGAGGAACAACCAAAUGCUUUAGCCUCAUCAUUGCCAACGAGUAUGAGCAGUAAUAGUGGUACCUCGACAACUACCCAUGGCAUUGGCACGAACAACAAUAACAGCACGAACAACAACUAUACCUCUCCAGAAUCGAUAUCUUCCACCUCUUCUUUGGGUUCAUCACCAAAUUCUUCAAUUUCAUCAUCCACUACCCAUCAUCAUACUCCGCAAAGUAGUAGUGGAGGAUUAACGAAGAGUGCUUCGAGUGGUUCAUUUCCUUCACCGAUGAAGGUAACACCACCUCCAAGCACAACACACUCUUCUCCUUCUUCUCACUCGACUCAUACACCCAUAUCAUCAUCAUCCAAUAAUGAUUUAUUGAAUGAACAACGAAAGUCAGCCUACAUUAAGAAGAAUACUUCGAAUACACCCGUAGUUACAUUUGCACCUUUUUCAGCCAUGAUGAAUAAUCUUCAAGAGAUGACUACCAAUAGUCAAACGAGUUCACAGUAUACGAAUGGGAGUACGAAUAGUAGUAUGAUGACCUCUCCUUCAUCCUCUACAACCAUUUCACCCUCAACACAUUCCAACAUGUUACUUUCACCUUCCGUGAACAGAGAUGCCUUGUUAUCACCUCCAUCGAGAGUGAGUUCUGCUCCUCCAACAAGCACCAUGUUCACACCUCAUCAUGCUUCAGGAUUGAUGCAUUCUUUCCAUCCUCUUUAUGCAAGCAUGUAUUCCUCUGCAGCAGCAACCACUUCAGGUUCAUUAUUUACACCAAGUAUAGCAACAACAGCAACUACGAAUGGUAUUACUACAACAACUGCUACUACUGCUACUACUACUACAACUGCUACUACUACGAAUCAUAUGAAUACUACGAAUAUGAGCAACCAAAUGACCUCUCAAGGUACAACAACGAGCAACUCUUUGACAUCUCCUAGUGCAACGAUUGGUUCGACGAAUAGUCCUUCCACUCAGCACAAGACACCUUCUGCUACUAGCAGCAGUAGUAUUCAACUUCCUCCUCCUCCAAAUAUUUCUGCCUUGCCAUCUUCUUAUAGUCCACUCUUUUAUGGAGCUCAUACCUCUAAAUUACCAACCUAUCCUCUUGCUGCUUACAAGUUUAAUACUCCAUUGCAACCCAUUUCACCUUAUCAAACUCCUUAUGGAAUGCCUUACAUGAAUUUUAGCGCAUUUUAUAAUGGACCAAUUGGACAGACCACAAAGAAGAAGAAAAAGAAGAAGAAUACAACUAAUAAUUCAGAAUCUAUGGUACAACCUUCUCAAGAAUUAACACAACAAGUCGAAUCUAGUGGUUUUGAAACUGAUGAAUUUUUAAGCCUUGAGGAAAUUGAAUAUUACAAUUCGAAUGUGGAUUACAAUUCGUCAUCGGAUGAUCAUGGAAACACUUCACAAAAAAGAUGUCUUAGUGAUACUGAGCUCUAUUUUGAUAGCCUUGAUUCUGAAACUUAUAAUCUACUCUAUCCUCAACCAACCAACAAUGCUCCACAUAAGAAUAAGAAACAAAAGCAAGAUCAUUUGAACAAUGAAGUGAGUGGGUAUUAUGAUGAUCUAUUUUAUGACAAUAAGGACAAUUUGGAAAGUCAAGGAACAACAAAUUUAACACAAAUGACUGAAACUUUGAAUAUGAACGAGUCUUCAAAUGUUGUCCAUGACAUUGGUUUUAGAGUCCGCUUGUAUAUCGAUAACAAUUCCAGUGAUGAGAAAGAUGUCGUGGUGAAAGAUGACAAAACUUGGCCAGAAGUUGUUAAGCAAUUGAUUAACGAUUAUCAACCAUUCUAUAAGAGCUUUUUAUUUGAUCUACCUUCAGAUAAUUUUAGCAUUAUCUUACACUCAAAACAACAGGAUGAGGAAAAGGUACUUUCAGAAGCUUCUACCGUUCUUGCAAGCUGCUUGAAUGGAAGUGACUCCAUUACUAUCACUCUCAAACAAACAGAUCACCACUUGUGUAGAUUCAACUUGGAAGUUGAUAGCAUUACAUCAACUGGACCAAAUCUAUUCGAAGAAGAUGGCUAUGAUCAAGAUAAUGAAGAUGAUGACGAGUUAGAACUUGAAGAGAGUCAACAAGAUCACGAAAACGAACACAACCAAGAGGAAAUGCAUUCUGACCAAAUGAAUAUAUUGAACUUAAUUGAAUCAAUGUAA